AUGGCUUCUCAGCAGCAGCCUAGGAGGAAGAACACGAACAGUGACCGGGAGGUCCACGUCGAGAAGGACCGGGUCCCGAAGAUGGCCUCCCACUUGGAGUCGCUGGCCAAGAAAGCGAAGGAGUCGGACGUCACCUUAGGGAAGGACGCGCCCACCGUCGAGGGAGAGCAGGACAUCGACAGGGCUGAGGUGGCGGCCCACUUCGUCGAGAAGCUGAGAGACUUAGCCUCAUGUCUCCGGUGGGAGAGAGGUCCAUGGAAGCAGGAGGCGAGAGAGAUCACUGGUCGAGAGGAGAAGGGAUCGGAAUCUCAACAACCUUCGUUGGAAGAGAUCUCGAGGUUGAGAGCUUUGGCUCAGCAGAACUCGAUGGACACGUUGAGGGCUGCUGAGGAGAGGUACAACAAGGCGAAGGAGUCGAAAGGGGCUGCCGCCAAGGACGUCGUCUUGGAGAAGAGCCGACAGGGGUAUGGGGUUGCCAAAGAGUACAAAGUACCGAAAGCAGAGCAGACCAAGGAUUAUACUGUCCAUAAGGCAGCAGAGGACAAGGACUACACGGUGCAGAAAGCGGCGGCGGCGGUGGCUAAGGAUAAGGCGGUGGAUGUGACCAAGGGAGUGGCAGGCUAUGCAGGGGAGAAGGCAGCGGUGGCCAAGGGCGUGACAGUGGAUACGGGGAAGAAUGCAGUGGAUUACACGGGGAAGGUAGCAGAAGAUGUUAAGGACAAGGCUGUGGAGUGGCCCACUGCACAACCGAAAAGACGGUGGAGGGGACAAAGCUGGCUACCAGGUUCGUCGAGGGUGUGGCCGGGAAAAUGGGAGAGGUAG